UCACCUCUUUCUCCGGCCACGGGCGAGCCACCAGCACCGCCGCGCUCACCCUCGUCUGCCGAGUCAAUCUUCUCUUCUACCUUUUUUUCUUCCAUUUCGUUUGUUAAGAGAGAGGCGGCGAGUGGACCUUCUCACCGCCAAGUUAAAUUGGCGACUUAAAGCAAGAGCAGGGUAGAGAAAAGGGAAGAGUCAUCAAUUGAAUUGAUCGACUCCAAGCACUGCGAUGGACGGAUCGCCGAUGAAUUCGAGGACUAUGAUGAGGGCCGCCUUUUCUGACAGACGAUGGCGAUGGCCGCCUUUUCUUCGCUCACCCGACGUCGCGCGCAACCUCCACCGCGUGUUCCAUCAUCGCCAUCGACCCGACUGGACCCGUUGUCCCGUGCGCGCCUAGGGCUGCCGUGCAGACCUCCAACAUAUUUAAGGAUUGCGGUACUAAUUUGGCUGAACGAAAUCAAGGAAAGAUUGAGAAAACGAAGGAAGAGAGAUCUGGCUCAAAAAUUGUGGAAGUGAGAGAAAGAGAGAGA